AUGUCGGCAGAAAGUCGCAUCGACUCAGCUCAGCCUGAGAAGACAGCUAGACGAAAGCGAUCGAGAGAGGAGUCUGAACCGAACAACGACGAGAACAAAAAGAGAGGAAGACCUCGAUUAGACACACAGGAUGAAUCGGCCGCCGAUCGUCGUCGUACUCAGAUACGAGUCGCUCAACGAGCCUACCGACAGAGGAAGGAAAACACAAUUGACGAACUCCGCAAACAAGUUGAAGAACUUCAGGGUACCAUACAAUCCAUGAACCAAUCGUUCAGCCACUUCUCGGCAAAAUGCUCUGCCACAAACGUCCCAUCAUCGUUGCUAGCUGAUCUCCAGAACUUCGCUCAGCUUUACGCGUCUGGUCAGAGUCAUGCCGACUCUCUGAGCUCCAGCGAAUCUCCUGAGAUGGUCUCUCAUUCAUUCGGCCAAGAAAUAGAUUCCAAUAUCAAAGACCACAGCAAGUCCUUCCUGGCAGACGCAGCCAACGUAUCGCCUCGCACAGAAGUGAGGCAGACGACCUGGAGUCCGCUCGCUGCUUCAGAUAGUACGACAGAUUCAUUCGACCCCAUGGAGAACAAUCAGGUCUCCAUGUCUAUGAUGCGAUCUCUGGGCAUACCAGAGAGUUACAGCUCGUUUGAGAGCACUUUCGCCAGGAGACUCCACAGAGCAAGCUGCGAAUAUGCCUAUCGACUCGCCUGCGACCCGACCAGGAUACCAGUGCUCUUCAAUAAUGUCUUCAAAUUGACACUCAAAGCAGCUGGUACCGUUGAGCGAGUCAAAUAUAGCUUGCAAUCAACCCUGAGUCGAAGCACGAGGGAACCGCUGUCCAAUUGGGGAGUCACUUUCAUACAUGUCGGGGGCGCUGGAACACAUUAUUCAAGACCUCCUGAAGAGGGUGGUCUCGGUUACCAGUCGCCGAAUUCAUGGGCUGUGACCACCGUCGGCCCUCAUAAGAUUGGCGGAUCAACCAUCGAGGAGGCCUUGACGGCGGAGAUGUUGCUUCGUGGAGUGACAGGCAUGGAUGGCGAAUGGUUUGACGCAUAUGACGUUGAGGGAUAUCUGGCAGAAAAGGGUAUUCGCCUGGAUCCCAGCUCAUCGUUUGCCGAGAUUGAGCUGCCAGAAGACGAGUCAUCAAGCUUAGAGUCUUCUACCGGAUCUCCUCCUAUGGAUCCUAUGACUGCAUACGUACAGCAUUUGACGACCUCAAACCCCGGCACUAGCCCCAAUCCCGCUGCAUUUUAUCCAGGCCUUUCCAACUUUGGAUACCUGCCUGCAGCCUCAGUCGGCCCUCAACAUAGGAAGUCUUACCCGGAAGUCCAAGGACACUACGAACCGCAUAUCGAUGAGAGGAGAUCGACAGCUCCGAUGAUAGGCCAACAAUACGGAUUGGGCAUGCCAAUCUCAGGUGGCAUGUACCCUUAUGCCUACCAACCAGUCAAGAAAACAACCGUCACCAUUGAUGUCGGAAAGUUCGUUCAGCAGAUGAGUCUAGCUGGCACUUGUUUGAUGCGAGCACCAGGAUAUCGCCGCAAGGACAUUGACAUUGCACUUCGAAGAUCUUUGGUGCAUGCACACUAGAAUGAAGCCUUUGUGGAUGUGCAUAUAUGUAAAUACGAGGUUUGGGAUGAGAUCGACAACAAGUAGACAAAUGUAUAUCAUUGGGGAGUUCAGGCGUGUACAUAUUUGGCAAUGUCUAGAGCAUUUGGGGCAACCUUGUACAAAUUGAACUGAAUCAACACUUUAUCAAUCACAUCAUGUACGAUGGUUGUCCUAUACUGCUCUUGCGACGUUAAUUCCAUCAAGGUUGUCGCAGUCAAGUGUUG